CCAUAUCUAUAAAUAAGCUUCAUAAGGCGGCGUGUGUCCUCCACACACACACUCGUUCAAAAAUCUCACAAACACUAAGUUCUUCUUCAGCAUCAAAACAAUACUCUCUUCAAUUAUGACAGAUCACAAGGUGAGCCAAAUCGUCCCAUCUUCGUCUCCAAUCCCUUCAAAAACCGCCAUUUCCGACAUAGAAGCACCUCAAGGAAACCUUCGUGAUGAUCAACGACAAGGGAAUAUCAAAGACGAUGUCGACUAUACCCAAAGGGCUCAGUGGCUUCGAGCCGCCGUUCUCGGAGCCAACGACGGCUUGCUCUCCACAGCGUCGCUCAUGAUGGGAGUCGGGGCAGUACGGAAGGACGCCAAGACAAUGAUUCUCACCGGAGUCGCUGGUCUAGUCGCCGGAGCUUGUAGCAUGGCGAUCGGAGAGUUUGUGUCAGUUUACUCGCAGUAUGAUAUUGAGGUGGCUCAGUUGAAGAGAGAAAGAAAAGAGGUGAACAAAGCAAAGUUACCGAACCCGUUAUACGCAGCGGCGGCCUCGGCGGUUGCUUUUGCUGCCGGUGCGGCGGUGCCGCUGCUGGGGGCGGCGUUUAUAAAAGAGUACAAGGUGAGGUUGGUGGUGGUGGUAGGUGUGGUGAGCCUGGCCUUGUUGGGGUUCGGAGUGUUGGGUGCAGUUUUGGGGAAAACACCGGUGGUGAAGUCGUCUUCUAGGAUUUUGAUCGGAGGGUGGAUCGCCAUGGGAAUCACUUUUGGUUUAACAAAGUCUGUGGAUUUGAUCAGUGUUUGAUCAUUUAUAUUUUGUAUGAUAUUAACAAUAAAUACAUCACAUGACAUGAGGUAAGCUUAAUUAGAUAAUUGGGAUGCGGAAUAUAGAGAGAGAGAGAGGCUUAGGAUUGAAUCCUCAAGAUGUAAAAGAAUUAUAUAUAUUUAUAUAUAUAUAUAUAUAUAUAUAUAUUGAUAAGCACUCAA